CACGCACGGGCGGGCGGACCCACGGACCUUCGACCGAGAGUACACCUCGCAGCAGCAGCAGCAGCAGCAGAGUGGAUUGCGGUGAUGUGGUUGUAACUCAUGCCUUCCCAUCGUGAUUGCCACCACCACUCCAAGUCUGCCGAUCUCCCACAGAAGUAUCAGCUACACAAGCACCCAAUUCGCAAGCAUGUUGGCCCCUCUUCUCGCCAGGCGUGCAGCGCCCAAGGCCUUUCAACCCUCCACGCUUCCUCGACUCGUCCAGAACGGCUCUUUGAGAGGGUAUGCCACUGAGGCCAAGCCUUAUGAUGUGGUCGUACUUGGUGGUGGGCCCGGUGGCUACGUAGCUGCUAUCAAGGCCGCUCAGCUUGGCUUAAAGACUGCAUGUGUCGAGAAGCGCGGAUCGUUGGGCGGUACCUGCCUAAAUGUAGGAUGCAUUCCUUCGAAGGCGAUGCUCAACAAUUCUCACUUGUACCACCAAGCUACUCACGAUUUCAAGAACCGAGGUAUCAAUGUCGAAAAUGUUUCCAUUGACCUGAAGAAGAUGCUCGGAGCAAAGGAGGGUAGCGUCACAGCACUGACCAAGGGUAUCGAGGGUCUCUUCAAGAAAAACAAAGUGGACUACAUCAAGGGACACGGUGCUUUUGCCGAGCCGGGCGCAUUGACCGUCAAGCUCAACGAUGGCGGCGAGACGAGGGUAGAGGGAAAGAACAUCAUCAUUGCCACAGGGUCCGAAGUUACACCUUUCCCCGGUAUUGAGAUCGAUGAGAAGCAGAUCGUGUCUUCCACAGGCGCGCUGGAGCUCGAAAGCGUGCCAAAGAAGAUGAUCGUCAUUGGUGGCGGUGUCAUCGGGCUGGAGAUGGGCUCCGUCUGGAGCAGGCUAGGCGCAGAAGUGACUGUCGUCGAAUUCUUGAACGCGGUCGGGGGUGCAGGCAUGGACCCGGAGGUCAGCAAGAAAUUCCAGUCGAUUCUCGGCAAGCAGGGCUUGAAGUUCAAGCUUGGCACUAAGGUCAUCGACGCCGAGAAGAAGGACGGCAAAGUCUUGCUGAACGUCGAAGGCGCGAAAGAUGGCAAAAAGGAAGCUCUGGAUGCCGACGUGGUGCUGGUAGCGAUCGGCCGCCGACCAGUCACCGAAGGUCUGAACCUCGAAGCUGUUGGCAUCGAGAAGGACAAUCGAGGUCGAAUUGUCGUGGAUGACCAAUACAACACCACCUGCAAAGGAGUCAAGUGCAUUGGUGAUGCCACCUUCGGUCCAAUGCUUGCCCACAAGGCCGAAGAGGAGGGCAUCGCAGCUGUGGAGAUCAUUGCCACUGGCCACGGUCACGUCAAUUACAAUGCAAUCCCGGCCGUCGUGUACACCCACCCUGAGGUGGCGUGGGUCGGCAAGAACGAGCAGGAAUUGAAAGACGAAGGUGUGGAGUACAAGAUCGGUAAUUUCCCCUUCUUGGCCAACUCAAGAGCCAAGACAAACGCGGACUCUGAAGGCUUUGUCAAGUUUUUGACCGAGAAGACGACGGACAAGAUCCUCGGCGUUCACAUUAUCGGACCCAAUGCUGGUGAAAUGAUUGCGUCGGGCGUGCUUGCCAUGGAAUACUCUGCCUCAGCGGAAGACAUCGCCAGGACCUGCGCUGCGCACCCUACCUUGCAAGAGGCUUUCAAGGAAGCGGCUAUGCAAGCUACAUUUGGCAAAGCGAUUCACUUCUAGACAUUCUGUGUCCCGUACUUCCAGCAAUACAAUCUGC